AUGUCACGGCAAGUGCAAUGGCGCAGGUUUGCGUUCUUCGACAAGGAGACCGUCGCCGAAGACGUUGCCACCGAGAUUGGCGCUGAAGUGUCCUGUAUGCACACGGCGGGAGGCAGGCUUUAUCUCGGCGACGCAGCCGGAAAAGUAACCAUUUCCGACAGCAACCUCAGCGGCAAGAUUCAGCGCCAGGCGUACUCCGGGCCGAUCCUGGCGCUCGCGCUCGCCCCCGACGGCGUCCCCCCGGGGUCCGCGACAGCCCGAGCUGCGGCUCCCCUGCCCUCAAACCUUCCCUCUUCGUCCGGAACCAACAGCAGUACCGCCGCAAGCAACAAAACCAGCAGGAAAUACGGCGUGGUCGUUACACUUGGGGACGACUCCGUGAACCCUCCCCCGCAGGCGGAGGCCGGGGGGGCAGGAGGGGUUGGGGCAGGAAACGGUCGGUCCCCCUGCGUGCUAAAGUUUUGGGCGGGUGCGGACAUGGGGUUGUGCAUCCGCGCGGUGGACGUUGCGGCGCAAAUGCCGGACGGGCAGCAUCAGAGAUGGGCUUCCUCCGGAGGCGGGGCGGGGGGGGCGCGGGCAAGACUCCCUCGGUUGACGGCGUUCGCGAUCACGCCCGACGCAUCUCAGGUGGCGUGCGGCUUUUCAGACGGAAUGGCGUUGCUCCUGCAAGGGGACCUGGUGCGCAGCCCGGUCUUGCCGCCGCCGCCGCCGCUGCUGAUACAGCCGGGUGAGGAGAACCCUUCUGCUGUCACGGCGCUGCACUUCUCCAAGGGACAGCAACGCGGUCGGGGUGGCGGCAGCGGCAGCUCGAGUCCACCUCAGCCCAAACUCAUCGUCGGCUACGACCUGGACAAGGAGGGAGGCAACGGCGGCAUGCCUUCCCCGGACUUUCCCUCGCUGGGCCUUCUCUCCUACGACACCCGGACAGAUGCGGAGCCCUUGGUCCUGGACGAGCAAGGCUGCCAGGAAGGUUGCUCCGCUUUCGGGCAGUCUACGCAGGAAAUGGUGGUCGGCCGCGAGGACGGGGUGUUUUUCUUUUCCUCGGAGGAUAGGGGCGGCGCCGCGGGCUUCGAAGGCAAGAAGCAGCACGUCGGCUGCUUGUGGAACUACAUCUUGGUGGUCAGCGAAGAUGGUCGAUCGGGAAGGCACACGAUCAAUAUGUACGACAUGAGAAAUAAGCUCGUGGCGUUUCACGCCUUGCUUCCCCAGGGACAGGGCGUCAAGCGAAUAUCCUGCCAGGGCGAGCGAUACGACCCUAACGCCGGGACCAAUCUCGGGAACGGUGCCGGCAACGUAGUAGCCGGCAACGGUAGCGUCGGGGGAUCCGGGGAAGGCUUGGCCUUCAUCCUCACGAACAGGAACUCGCUGCUCAGGCUUCGAGAGCGAGACACGUCUUCCAAGCUCGAGCUCCUCUUCAGGAAGAACCUCUACCCGAUGGCCAUCUCGCUGGCUUACGCCAGCGACCACGACGUGUCGGAGAUCCUGGGGAUUUAUCGCAUGCACGGGGACCACCUCUACAAGAAGGGAGACUUCGAGGGUGCGAUGCAGCAGUACCAGUGCACGAUCGGGCAGCUCGACCCCAGCUACGUCAUCCGCCGCUUCCUCGACGCGCAGAGGAUAGGGCUGCUCACGUCUUACCUCGAGGCGCUUCACGACGCUGGCCAGGCGUCGUCGGAGCACACCACCCUGCUCCUCAACUGCCACACCAAGCUCAAGGUGCUGGAUGUCGAAAAACUGGACCGUUUCAUACACCCCUCCGGCGAUACAACAACUCCACAGCAACAACAGCAACAACAACAAGUCCGCGGCUCGACCAGCGCCGCGGCAAGCACCGCCUUGUCGCAUCGGCUGGGCGGGGCGGGGGACGGCGGGAGUAGUGGUGCCGCCGGCGCAAACUUCGACGUGGCGACGGCUAUUCGGGUGUUGAAGUCGGCGGGGCACGCGGACCAUGCGGCGGAGUUGGCCCGAAGACAUGGGGAGCACGACUGGUUCCUCCGCAUCCAGCUCGAGCGCUCGCAGCCGGACUUCUCUGGGGCCCUGGCGUACAUCGCCUCCCUACCUUUCAGCGAGGCAUCCAAGCAGCUACGGCGGCGAGGGAAGCCGCUGGUGGCUGCACUGCCCGAGGAUACGACCGGUGUUCUGAUGGCCCUCUGCACCGGAAGGUACUCGAGCAUGCCGGACCCAGCGACAGCCGCCGCGGGGGGCGGCGGCGGCGGCGGCGGCAACCCCAACAGCAAGGACAAGGCCUCCCCAACCACGGCUAAGGCGGCGGCGGAAGACUUUGUGCACCUCUACGUGGACGAGCCUCGCUGGCUCCGCAUCUUCCUCACGUACGUCCUGAGGGAAGGCGGCCGGGCGGGGCCCACGGUCGCCGACACCCUGCUCGAGCUGCUGCUGAGAGAGUGGGCGGCGGCCGGCAGCGGACAGCGAGGAGGGUCUAGCGGCGGCGGCUUGGCGGUUAAGAAGCAGCGGGAGGACGAGGUGAUGGCGUUGUUGGACAACCCUCGCGCCGGGUACGACGCGGACCACGCCCUGGUGCUGGUGCAGAUGCUCAACUUUAAGCCCGGGCAGCUGUACCUUUACGAAAAGCUGUACAUGACGGAGCUCGUGUUGGAGCACUACGUGGACACGGGGGAUACACGGAACAUGAUUCGCGUGUGCCGGAAAGAGGGGAACAACAACCCGGAUCUCUGGGUACAGGUCCUGAGCUACCUCGUCAACAACGUUCCCUCGUCCGGGGACAUCCAGGAAUCAUCCCCGCUCCCGGACAACGCCGGCGAUGGAAACCCCGCCGGUGGCAAAAGCGAGGACGGCGGCGGCGGCGGCGGGGACGUGAGCUCGGACGAUGGGGAGGGGGCCGGCGGAGAGGAAGGGAGGUGGGACGACGUUCGCGAGCUGUUGGCGUUGAUGGAGCGGGAUCAAGUGCUGUCUCCGUUGCAGGUGGUGAGCAUCCUGUCUCAAAACUCGCAGCUCCCUCUGUGGGUGACGCGAGACUUCCUGCCCCGUUACCUGUCGACGUCGGCUGCUGCUGCCGCUGCUGACGCCGCUGCUGCCUCGGAGCUGAGAGAGAGCACGAACAAGAUGAGGGCGGAGAUUCAGGGCCUUCGAGCAACGGUGCAAUCGUCGUCAUCGUCAGGCUCUAGGGUGGCCAUGGAAUUGCCCACCUUCAUGGCUUCGGAGCUGGAGAAAGGCGGUUCGAAGACGUUAUCAUCGUCCGGGUUGGGCGGGCUAGGCGGGGAGCAGGCGAAGAUCCACGACAUCAAGGCGGCACAAGCGAGAAGCGCCUUGGACCACGAGCAGUUUUUCAAGGGGCUUGAGGAGGCGGCCGACGGCUUUGGCCAGGUUGCCUCGUACUUCGGCAAGGGCGUCAUGUCCAUGUCUUGA